ACACACUUGGGUCUCGUUAGCAAGCCGCCAAUUCAUAACUCCAGGAAACGACCCGCCCUGUUCAAAACUUCUGCAGCCUUGCAGCAAAACUCCGAAGCCAAGUUGGCUCCAAAGUCAGGAGGCAGGAGGACCAACUUCGCUUGGCCAAGUGACGCUUUCCAGAUUGAGAGAGCCGGCAGAAGAUAAUUCAAGCUACACUAGGAAUUGCAAGUUCUCCACUCAACUGAGAACUUCAGAAGCAUCCAUCUUCUUAUUGGCAGCCUAUGGAUGAACCAUGCAACUUUGGACCUCAUCUCAACCCAUUUUUCUGGCGUUGUUCUUUAUUCCGUCGCUCUCCUUUGGAUGGAAGCAUUGAAUGAUGCCUCCAUGUGACCUGUUUUCUUGGCAGAAACUCUUGAUGAAAAGGCCCCAAAUGAAGGAUCUGGCUUAUCUUUCUUUUUUGGCAUUGAGGAAGUUAUCGCAUCAACGUUCACACCAUUAGCUUCCCCUCUUGGGAAUGCAGGAAUGGCCAGUAGAGGAAGCCAUGGUUUUGGAGAGCAACCUUACAAGGAGAAGGAGUCAGAAGAAGGUGCUGAAGUUGAGGGGAGAAGAGAUGGAGACUUCCAGUUAGGAGAAAACAGCCUUGUGGGGAAUUUGGACUGCUGGACCUUGUCUUCUUCCCAGGAGAUCCUGGAAGAUGAAGAACUUUUGAGGGAACUCAAGGACUACCAACACCAUUUGGAAGAAGAUGAGCAAGGUUUUGAUCUCGGUGAACUUCAAGAUCUUGAACGUGUAGGAGAUAUCAACGCUACAAGUCCCCUGCCUGAGGAGAAAGGAUCAUCCCAAGGCAUGAGGUCUUACUUGCAGCUCGAUAGGAAGCAUGAAGAAGACAGCACUGAACUUGAGAAGACAAGAGGGACGUGGGACUUUGGCAGCCAGGAGGAUGUCCAUCCUGAGCUUUCUUUUGAAGGCCAGUACGGUUCAGACUUCAGUCCCAGUCCUGAGAUCCUUCAAGACCCUCUCGCUUUUUAUAAAUGCAGCUCUGCCUCCGAUAAUGUGGACGACGAACUCUCUGAGAGCUCCAAUCUCAACCCUUCACCUUGCGGUCCUCCUCCAAUGUGCACCCAACUGGAAACUGAACCUCAAAUUCUGGGUGAGGAUGGUCUGGACUUCCCUGAAGAUCGAAAGUUCUCCUGGGAGUUAGGAAGAAAUCUGGACAGUCAUGGCCACAGUUCUCUAGAAAGUUCUUUGCCGUACAAUCAGCGACUCUUGGAUUUCCAAUCUCUGGAAGAUCUUCAGAAUUGUCCCGGCAUCGAUGCUGAGACUUGUCCGGAGUUAUCCUGGAUGGAGGAUUUGGAACAACCUCUUGAGAAAGAACCUCCAGCGGAGAUCGCUCAAACCAUCCAGCAGCUCGCUUUCAACAACAACACCGUAGAAAGACUUUCGGAUUCGAGAGAGACGACGCAGAUGUCCCACACCUUCAAACGAGUUGGCAGCCAAUUGGAGAAACGAACACGCAAGCCGAAAGCAGAUGUACCCCACGGGCUGUUGUCGAAAGGUCCAAGGCAGUCCAGAUCUCUGAGCCCUCAACGAAUGACCGGCCAGAAAAAAUCUGGACAUCCUGCUUUGAAAGAACCAGACCGAGAGACUCAGUCAAACUCUGGGACGAGAGACGUCACACAAUACGGCCGAGGGAAACUCAACUACCCAUUACCAGAUCUCUCCAAAGUGGAACCCCGGGUUAAGUUCCCCAAGGAUCCUCAAAGCUACCAACCACCUCAAGGAAAAUCUUCUCCGGCCAGCUGGAAGGAGGUUAGGAAGCCGGUCAUCUUCAAGUCACCUGCCGAGAUUGUCCGAGAGGUGUUGUUGAGCAGCGGAGAAGGAUCUCCUCAAAAAUGUCCCACGCCCACCAUCUCUGUUAUUCCCGAGGAACUGAAGUCUCCCAGACAGGCUACGGAACUGGUGCAUCAGCUUCAGGAAGACUACCACAAACUUCUAACCAAGUACGCUGAAGCUGAGAACACCAUCGACCGGUUGCGGCUGAGUGCCAAGGUACGCUUGUACAGCGACCCUCCGAAGCCCAGCCAGGCCGCUGAAAUGGGGAAAAUAUCAGAGGCGUCCAAAGUGGUCACAUUCAGCAUCCCUCAAAUCAGGUCCGCCGAGAUCACAAAGCGGUCCAGCCAAGCAUCCAUUAGCUGUCAAGGUGAAGGAUUUCCCAGGCAGCAGGUGCAACACUCAUCCUUGAGUAAUUCCACAGGCAUCACUUCUUCCGAAACAGAUCGUCCUAUCUCCAAAAUGCCCUUCCUGGGUGAUCAUCUCACAAGAUUGUUAGCUGCCCAAGCAAGUAAAUUUCAGACCCAGAUGGAAUUUUUGGAGGAUUUAAUUCAAACCGAUAAGCUGGAGGCCAUGGACCAGUUGAAGGGCUUUGCAAGGCUGAAGGAAGCUCAGGAGGCAUUGGAACAAGCUUAUCUGCAGGCUCGAAACAAGUACCAGCAGUUGAAUCAGAACGGAGCUAUGGAGACCCUGGGAGAAUUUGAUCCCAACCGAGCCGUGGAAGGCAACGUUUUCCAUCUGGGUCUGCGUUUGGAGGGCUUGAAAGAGAGAAUCGAGCGGCCUACGUGGAACCAACCAGUUGGAGCGGAGAUUUCUCCACAAAGCGUCCCGUCACAUCCCAGCUUCCCAGUCCAGCUUUCUGAGGAACAAAUGGGAACCCCAACACCGUCCCUUCACGCUCCGGUCCCAUCUGUCUGCAUACCGUAUCCUGAGGCCUCCACCCCCAAGAAGAACAUCACUCAAGUCCAGCUGGAGGGAGACUUGAGUUCCAUCAGUGAUGGGGCCGAUGAAGAAGAAGAUGAUUUCCUGGAGCUGCCCCAACCCUGCAAGCCUCAGGAGGAAGAGGACAUGGAUUAUCUUCUGGACAAGUGCAGCAGCUUCAGAUCUUUGCCAGAGGCCUUGAGUCACAAACACAACGCAGAAGAACUGGGCAGUGAAGUCACCGCUGCCGCUGGGACCAAGGGUAGCUCCCUGCAGAAGGCAUCUGCAUCGAAUAAAAUCCCCUCUGCCUCCAAGGGACUUCAGGAGAAGGAGGGUCCUGAGCGCUCGCUCAGAAAGGUCCAGCAGCCAACCCACCCGAGGAGACACGUGUCUUCCAUCCAAGCAGAAGCAGCUCUCACUGAACCUGCAGAGAUCAACCGUCCCACAGUUGCUGUCCACAAGAUGUUCUCGAGAAGGCAGCAGGCAGAGCUUUCGCCUCACAGCAGCAUGGCGAGCAUCAGGGGAAGCAUAGCAUCGGAAUCCGCAGCUCCACAUUCACCUCGGAAGAUGGAUACAAUGUUGUGUGAGGAUCUGCGCAUUGUGUCUCCAGAGACAGACAGUGGUUUUGUGGGAUCAGAAACCAGCAGGGCAUCUCCUCUGGCACAGAUGCCCAAGCACCAGUUGGCAAAGAUGAGGUCCUACAGCAUCCAGAGACCUCCAUCUACAAUUGAUGUGCCUCCCUGCUCACCAUCCUCAAAGAAAGCACCAGGUGUGGCAAAACAGCUGGGACCAGAGAAAUCACCUGGACAAGUGAAGCCCGAAGCUGGGAGAAACAGAUGCACCUUGGCGAAAAGAAACUCCCUCCAGAAGUCUUCUCCCUGCAGGUGGACAAAUGAAAUGGAGCCGGAAGACAACGAGAACUUUCACCCUGACUCUGAGACAGAAACUGAGACACAUGGUGGUACCAGUCUGGAUGGCAGCCCUCCACCCCGUGGGAGAGAUUUCCCCAGUUCGCCCCCAAUUUCUUCAAACAUGGCCCAAGCUCGCCACAAGAACUUUCUUCAUUCACGCUUGGAACGAGACGAAGCCAUUGAAGCUUUGCAACAUGAAGUCUCUCGGUUACGUCAAAGUCUAGAAGAGUCACUCCAUCGGCAGUCUCCUUCUCCCCACCCGUCCAGAGUCCAGGACGUGGCUCACCUUUAUCCAAGCGUCACUCCAGCGAGAACUUCAAGGAAAAGCGUGGUGGAAUCUGAUGAAUCAUUUCUGGCCGCUGAAACAAAAGGGAAGACCCAGAAACCAUCUUUGGCUCAACAUGGAUCCGACUUGGACUUCAAUCCUUCCGAGUCGGACGAUGCACUGUCAAAGUUGCAGAACGGAAAACCCCACGCAACUUCCAGGAUCAGACCUUUAAAACAACGCAUCGUCCAGGGACCUUACACAGGGACACAGUAUCCUAUUUCCAUUCCGGAGUCUCAAGAUCCCAAGAGGCUCCAAACCUCUCCACUCGGUCACCAGAGUGUCCAGUUGCAACAUGGAGAAGACUCUGCUGGUCUCUUGGAGGACAAGGAAACCAAAGGUUCCCCUAGGGAUGGAUCCAGACCUUCUAAGCAAAGAGCUACCGAAGGAUGGGUAUGUCCCUCGUGUAAGGAUUCUUCAAACUCCAGGAAGAAAGACAUAGCUGGAGCAGGAGAUCACAAGGAGAACAUUCCAGAAGAAAGUUCCAGAAUGCAACCAAAGUUGAACCAACACCAGCAACCGAAACAGGCAGGCCUCUGGUACUUGGCGGUGCCAUCUGCAGCUACCUCAGUAAAUUACAUCCCAGCUAUUCCCUUGGCACAAUACCCUGUCUCAUCCAUCAUCUAUUCUCCACCUCCCGUCCCUACCUCGAUCUCUUCUUCGGUAGCUCUUCCAGCUUAUGACUCCAGCAGACAGCAAGCCACGGAGUGGAAAACCUCACGGCAUCGUCUCCGGGAAUAUCACUGCUGCUCCAGGACCUUCCUCCCUGCCACCAGUUUGGAAGACUUGAAUUGGACUUUAAACCGGGCCGUGGAAGCUGCUAAAGAUAUGAAGUUCACCACCGAACAGAUGAACAAAUCUCUAAGUUGGGCCUUAAGGAAAGCAAGGAAUCCCAGAACAUCCUGUCUCUUCUGAUCGGAAUGGACCUAAAAGAGGAGAAAGCCAGAGCUCUCCAACCAUGGCAACUUUAAAACACUUGUGGACUUCGACUCCCAGAAUUCCUCAACUUUGCUCGCUGAGGAAUUCUGGGAGUUGAAGUCCACAAGUCUUAAAAGUUGCCAAGGUUGGAGAGCCAUUUUCCUAGACGGAACGGGGGACCAAUUAAACGGACCGAGUCGCUUGCUCGUUUGGACUCCGGCCACACGUUUUGUUGGGUUUUGUGUGCCAAAGAACAAUGCUUGCAACCUCCUCAUUGGCUGGGGAGCAUAGCGUAUCCUCGGCGUUUGGGGGAAAGUAAGCCUCUUGCAACAGUGCUUCCUUUAUUUUUCUCCCUUCUUCGAACGAUUGGGAUGACUUUUGCUAUUUUGGAAAGCCACUUUGACGUGGGCUUUGUAGCUUCCUCUCAGGGAUCUUGCUAUUAAUAAUGUUAAUAAUAAUAAUACCGUAAUAAUAAUAGUAAUAGGCAGCUUAGGCACAAGAGGCAAGGUUCAGCUAGCAAGGUGAGGAACGGAAGAAACGAGAUGCCUGCCUUCUUCGAAUAUAUUCUAAGGAAGGUUUGCUUUGAGGGGGUCCUUGAGGGUCUCCGAGCUUGGUUGUUUUCUCGCAGACGUUUCAUUACCCAUUAGGUAACAUCAUCAGAGUUUCAGCAGUUGGGUAAUGAAACAUCUGCAACAAGGGCAACCAAGCUGAGAGAGCACCAAGAAUCCCACAGGCCUCUUCCUCCCCGUCUCCUCCAUCUCCUUCUCCUCCUUCUCCUUCUCCUCAUCCUCCUCCCCUCCUCCUCCCACCCCACUCCUCCUCGCACUGAUGAUGCUACCUAAUUGGAUCAUGAAACAUCUACAAGAAGGCAAGCAAGCUCAGAGAGCACCAAGGACCCCGCAGUCCUCCUCCCCCUCCUCCUUCCCAUUCCCCCUCCUCCUCCUCCUCCUCCCACCUUACCCCUCCUUGCACUGAUGAUGUUACCUAGUUGGAUCAUGAAACGUCUGUGAGAAAACAACCCAGCUCUUGAGAGCACCAAGGACCCCCUCCUUUCAACCCUGAGCUACCAAUAUUCUCCUUGAAACGUUUGUACUAUAACUUUGGCCAACGGCCUUGGAUCUCCCAUCUUCCAGCAUGGAGCGUUCUUCCAAUGGAGUUGAUCCAUCCAUCCACCUUAAGUCAGGGGCAUCCGACCUUGACCACCUUAAUUAAGACUUGUGGACUUCAACUCCCAGAAUUCCUCAGCCAGCACACCCUCCUUAAGUCUUUGCCUUAACUCUCGGAACUUUUCAAGUGUUUCUUCAGCAUCAACGAGCCAUCCAUCAGCUGAAGAUUGCUGUUAGGGCUUCUUCCAGGGACCCCCCAAAGAGCCGAAAGCUUAAUCCAGUAGCACUUUACUUUUUAAAAAAAAACAUUUGAAGAAUAUGUGUGCGAUGAGAUGUUUGGGAGAGUAAAUUGUUCAAGCUGAAUCAUACAGUCACGUGCCCAAAUGGAUAGGUGUGUUUGCGCGAACAUUGUGCCUCAAAAGGAAUUGGAAAAGAAAAAAAAAAAAACAGAUGCUGCUGGAUUUGCUAAGAGGUUUGUGUAUUCGGAAGAAAACAUCCCUUUACAGGUGUUCCUCGAAUUACAACAGCCCGUUUAGUGACCGUUCGAAGUUAACGAGGGCACGGAACAAAGGGACUUGCGUUCAGAGCUGGGAUUCAGCCGGUUCAGAUGAACUGGUAGCGGAAAAUCCACCCCGGCUCCAUUCCGUCUUAUUUAAGAUCGUUUUUGAGGCAGGGUGCAUACGCGGAAGGCACACGUGGGAGCAAAGCACAUGCAGGGAAGGCGCGCAGUGGGCGAACCGGUGGUAACAAAAUGUGAAACCCGCUGCUGUUUGCGUUUUCCCACUUAACGACGUUUCUAGCCGCCCCAGGUUCACCCAAUCAAAAAUUCAAGAUGCUUGGCAGCUGGUUCAUAUUUACGACGGUCGCAGCGCCCUCCGCGUGGGGGUGGGGGUGUGUCACCUGAUCCCCUUUUGCGAACCUCCGGACCGGCAAAGCCGAAGGGGAAGCCAGAUUCGCUUAACGACCACUUAGUCACUUAACAGCUGCGGGCGGAAAGGAAGUGUCGUCAAAAGGAGUCAAAACUCACUUCAACGAUGUCUCGCUUAAUGACAGAAACGUCGGGCCGUGGUCGUAAGUCAGGACUGCCUGUGUUUGUGUCUGGAUGUUCUGAGUGAAACGGGUUGUGUGAAGGCAGUACUCGCCAUUGGGAUGCUAUAUAUGUAUGUUAAAAAUCAGCUGUUGCAGCAGAGAGUCCUGAGGUGCCAAUUUUAAAAUUGCUUGAAAGCCAUGCCACUAA